AUGGUUCCUGACGUUGAGGACAAGGUUCCUGACGCUGAGGACAAGGCUCCUGACGCUGAGGACAAGGUUCCUGACGCUGAUGACAAGGUUCCUGACGCGAGGACAAGGUUCCUGACGCGAGGACAAGGUCUCUGACGCUGACAACAAGGUUCUUGACGCUGAGAACAAGGUUUCUAACGCAGAGGACAAGGUUCCUGACGCUGAGGACAAGGUUCCUGACGCUGAGGACAAGGUUCCUGACAAAAGGACAAGGUUCCUGACAAGAGGAGACGGUUCCUGACGCGGCGGACAAGGUUCCUGCCGCUGAAGACAAGGUUCCAGACGCUGAGGACAAGGUCCCAGACGCUGAGGACAAGGUUCCUGACGCUGAGAACAAGGCUCUUGACGCAGAGGACAAGGUUUCCAACGCUGAGGACAAGGUUCCUGCCGCUUAGGACAAGGUUCAUGACGCUGAGGACAAUGUUCCUGACGCUGAGGACAAGGAUCUUGACGCGGACGACAAGGUUUCUAACGCUGAGGAAAAGGUUCGUGACGCUGAGGAAAAGGAUCCUGACGCGAGGACAAGGUUCCAGACGCUCAGGACAAGGUUCCAGACGCUCAGGACAAGGUUCCAGACGCUGAGGACAAGGUUCUUGACGCUGAGGACAAGGUUUCUAACGCUGAGGAAAAGGUUCGUGACGCUGAGAACAAGGAUCCUUACGCUGAGGACAAGGUUCCUGACGCGAGGACAAGCUUCCUGAGGCGAGGACAAGGUUCCUGACGCUGAGGACAAGGUUCCUGACGCUGAGGACAAGGUUCUUGACGCUGAGGACAAGAUUCUUGACGCUGAGGAGACGGUUUCUAACGCAGAGGAAAAGGUUCGUGACGCUGAGGACAAGGCUCCUGACGCUGAGGGCAAGGCUCCUGACGCCCGGACGAGGUUCCUGAUGCGAGGACAAGGUUCUUGA